AUGAGAGGGGAGGGUCGCUGGACCCUGCCUGUGCUAACAGAUCUCCCUGACUCCAGCAUCGUCUGCCAUCAACUGGGGACGGUGGGCACCUCCGACCACCACGCCGUGCUGGCAUGCGUCAAGCUGGAUAUAGCGAAGGAGGCAGCCACCCCGCGCACCAUCUGGCUGUGGGAGCAGGCUGACUGGGCAUCCCUGAGACACGACAUCGUUCGCUUGGACUGGGACGCCCUACUGAUAGGCAACAUAGAGGAAAAGGCCCGUGCCCUUACCACCAAGCUCCUUGCCCUCCAGCAGCAACACGUCCCCAGCAGAAGGUACCUCGUUAGGCCUAGUGACCCUGCUUGGUUCGGUUACCGAUGCCGAGCGGCUAAACACGCAGCCUGGGUGAGGUACAAACGUCUUCCAACACACUACAACUGGGCCCAACAUCGUGUGGCGUGUAGACGGGUGACAGCUACCUGCAGGUGGGCGAGACGGCAGCAGCGAGAGGACAAGAGGCGAAAGCUCUGUGGCUCAGGGGUUGGCCACAAGACCUGGUGGAGGCUUGUCAAGGACCAGCAAGGGACAGGCCACCGCGACACUGUUCCUCCACUAACAAGGCUGGACGGAACAACAGCCACCAGCAGUGAGGACAAGCCUUCUCUACUCGCUGAGUUUUUCGCAGAGAAGAUGUCAGUCACUGAUCCGGGUAGACAUCCACCUCACCUCCCUCAGGAAACAGACCACACCGUCGCCAAUGUUCAGGUGACACAUGGACAGGUGGAGCGGCUAAUGAGGGAAGAGGCGCGAGUGGUACCAGCCCACAAGAAGAACUCAAAGUCUGAGCCCAGCAACUGCAGACCCAUCUUGCUGCUCUCCGUGGUGGGCAAGUUGCUGGAGCAGGUAGUGGCAGGUGUCAUCUGUCAUCACCUGAGUGAGCACCGCCUCCUCUCAGACAGGCAGUUCGGCUUCCGGUCUGGCCGCUCAACAGUGGACCUUCUCAUCCUCCUCUCCCAAAUCUGGCAGGAUGCCCUGGAUGAAGGCCUCAGUUCCACAGGGUUCAGUGUUGGGCCCGAUCCUGUGGAACAUAUACAUCGAUUACCUCCUGCGGUAAAUACCGACUCUGCUUGCAUACGCCGACGACUGCAGUCUCUCCCGCUACUGCUGCCGCUCCGACAGUCAGCGAGCCGUUAG